AUGAUCGUUACAACACUACUGCAGUUUAUGUUUGCCUGCAUUGGAGUUCAGCUAUUUAAGGGCAAAUUUUAUCGAUGUUCUGAUGAAGCAAAGCAGACGCCAGAAGAGUGCAAGGGAAAAUAUAUUGUCUACAAAGAUGGAGAUGUUAACAGCCCUUCUAUUCGUGAGAGACACUGGCACAAUAGUGACUUCAAUUUCGACAAUGUGCUGUCCGCCAUGAUGGCCCUUUUCACAGUCUCCACCUUUGAGGGAUGGCCUGCACUUCUGUACAAGGCUAUUGAUUCCAAUGGGGAAAACGUUGGGCCCAUUUACAACAACCGAGUGGAGAUCUCCAUCUUUUUCAUCAUCUAUAUCAUCAUCAUUGCUUUCUUCAUGAUGAACAUAUUUGUAGGUUUCGUUAUCGUCACAUUUCAAGAGCAAGGAGAAAAAGAGUACAAGAACUGUGAGCUGGAUAAGAACCAGAGGCAGUGCGUGGAAUAUGCUUUGAAAGCUCGUCCAUUGAGAAGAUACAUUCCCAAAAACCCUUAUCAGUAUAAAUUCUGGUAUGUUGUCAACUCCACGGGAUUUGAGUACAUCAUGUUUGUCCUCAUCAUGCUGAAUACACUGUGCUUAGCCAUGCAGCAUUACGGACAAUCAAAAAUAUUUAAUGAUGUCAUGGAUGUGAUGAACAUGGUCUUCACUGCUGUGUUUACUGUAGAAAUGGUUCUGAAACUCAUAGCUUUCAAGCCCAAGGGUUAUUUUAGUGAUGCCUGGAAUACCUUUGACUCCCUCAUCGUUAUCGGCAGCAUAGUAGACGUUGUCCUCAGUGAAGCUGAUAGCUCAGAAGACAGUGCUCGUAUCUCAAUCACGUUCUUCCGACUCUUCCGAGUCAUGCGACUUGUGAAACUUUUAAGCAGGGGUGAAGGCAUUCGGACUUUGCUGUGGACAUUUAUCAAGUCUUUCCAGGCUUUGCCAUAUGUUGCCCUGCUUAUAGCAAUGCUGUUUUUUAUCUAUGCUGUAAUUGGCAUGCAGGUUUUUGGUAAAAUUGCAAUGAGGGAUAACACCCAGAUAAACAGGAACAACAAUUUUCAGACCUUUCCACAGGCGGUGCUCCUUUUAUUCAGGUGUGCCACUGGUGAGGCCUGGCAGGACAUAAUGUUGGCUUGUUUACCAGGGAAGCGUUGUGACCCAGACUCAGAUUACAACCUUGGAGAGGAGUACACCUGUGGGAGUAAUUUUGCCAUUGUCUACUUCAUCACAUUUUACAUGCUGUGUGCAUUUCUGAUUAUUAAUUUGUUUGUGGCUGUCAUCAUGGACAACUUUGACUACUUGACACGCGAUUGGUCCAUUUUGGGUCCUCAUCAUCUGGAUGAAUUUAAAAGGAUUUGGUCUGAAUAUGAUCCAGAGGCCAAAGGAAGGAUAAAACACCUGGAUGUGGUCACAUUGCUCCGUCGUAUUCAGCCCCCUUUGGGUUUUGGAAAAUUAUGUCCACACAGAGUUGCAUGUAAGAGACUGGUAGCCAUGAAUAUGCCCCUGAACAGCGAUGGGACAGUAAUGUUUAAUGCUACAUUGUUCGCUUUGGUUAGAACAGCCCUGAAAAUCAAAACAGAGGGUAAUCUAGAACAGGCCAAUGAGGAGCUAAGGGCUGUCAUAAAGAAAAUUUGGAAAAAGACUAGUAUGAAGUUGCUGGACCAAGUUGUUCCUCCUGCAGGCGAUGAUGAGGUAACCGUGGGGAAGUUCUAUGCCACCUUCCUGAUACAGGACUACUUUAGGAAAUUCAAGAAGCGAAAAGAACAAGGACUGGUGGGGAAAUACCCUGCGAAGAACUCCACCGUGGCUCUACAGGCGGGGCUGAGAACUCUUCAUGACAUUGGUCCAGAAAUUCGACGAGCCAUAUCAUGUGACUUGCAGGAUGAUGAGCCAGAGCAAAACAACCAUGAAGAGGAAGAAGAAGAUAUAUACAGGAGGAAUGGUGGUCUGUUUGGAAACCAUGUCAACCAUGUGGGGAAUGACAGGCGUGAUUCCUAUCAGCAGACUAACACCACACGGCGCCCUCUGCAUGUGCAACGUCCAUCGAUCCGCUCUGCGAGCGACACUGACAAAUCUGUGUAUUCCCACUCGGGCAACUCUGUGCAUCACAACCAUCAUAACCAUGAAUACUCUGGGAAACAUGUACCAAACUCCACCAACGCCAACCUAAACAAUGCCAACGUGUUCAAACCCGCUAAUGGGAAACAUUCUAGCCUCACCGUUCAUAAUCACACGUCUGAGAAUGGCUACUAUACCUACUCAAGGAAUGACUACGAGAAACCAAGAAAAUCCAGUAUUAAAAGGACCCGCUAUUAUGAGACUUAUAUUAGAUCAGAGUCUGGAGAGAGGAACAUGCCUGUCAUCUUCCGUGAAGAUCCUGACUUUAUGGAUUAUGAGGAUCCAUACCUGGGGGAGCCAGAGUAUUACAGUGGGGAGGAGUAUUAUGAAGAGGACAGUAUGCUGUCUGGAAACAGACCAAUGUAUGAUGAGCCCACAAUGUACCCAGCCAAUGACCUGGACUAUGAGCGACCCAAAGGCUACCACCAUCCUUACAGUUUCUUUGAAGAGGAGGACUCACAGAUAUGUUAUGAAUCAAGGAAAUCGCCAAGACGGAGACUGCUGCCACCAACACCCCCGUCCAACAGAAGAUCUUCAUUCAAUUUUGAAUGCCUUCGCAGACAGAGCAGCCAGGACGACAUACCUCUAUCGCCAACAUUUCAUCACCGUACAGCAUUACCACUGCAUUUAAUGCAGCAGCAAAUCAUGGCUGUGGCUGGCUUGGACUCUAGCAAAGCUCAGAAACAUUCUCCCUGUCGCUCCACAAGAUCCUGGGCCACUCCUCCAGCUACUCCUACGAACAGGGACCGCACCCCCAUUCUACACACCCCUCAUCCGGGUGGACCAUGCUGAGUCUAAGGAGCAGAUGAAUGGAAGUCUCCCAUCCUUACAAAGAAGCUCAUGGUACACAGAUGACACAGACAUUUCAUACAGGACAUUUAACCAAUCCAACCUGACUGUACCCAAUGACUUCAGGAACAAACACAGUGACAAGCAGAGGAGUGCAGACAGCCUAGUGGAAGCCGUCCUAAUCUCGGAGGGAUUGGGGAGAUAUGCUAGGGACCCCAAAUUCGUGUCUGCCACAAAACACGAGAUUGCUGAUGCCUGUGACAUGACUAUAGAUGAGAUGGAAAGUGCGGCAAGCAAUCUUCUCAAUGGCAGCAUUCGGAACGGGACAGCAGGGGGCGAUAUGUUCCCUAUCUUAAGCAGGAGAGACUAUGAUCUUCAAGACUUUGGCCCUGGGUACAGCGAUGAGGAGCCGGAGCCCAAUAAAUAUGAAGAAGAUCUAGCUGAUGAAAUGAUUUGUAUAACAACUUUAUAG